AUGGAGACACAUUUGGAAAUAGCACACCACACUUUUGGACGAACGACCUCAAACAACCCGCACCCAGGAUACGGACAUAUCGCCCCGAAAACCCAGCAAGGACGGAUCCUGACAAUCCUGUACGCUCUCAUAGGCAUCCCACUGACAUUUCUCUACCUCUCCAACAUAGGAAACUUUCUCGCGGACUCUCUGAAGAAAAUUUGCUGCGGUGUUUGUUGCUGUUUACAGUGCAAACGUAAGAAGGAUCGCGAAAUAAUGCGACUGAAAAGGAAACAGCAUCUGAUGAACGUCAGAAGAGAAUUGUCCAUGAUGACUUAUACCGACUUAAGUGGAAUAAACAGCAGGCCCAAGUAUGAUACUGAAAAUAAUGUUUUACCGGCAAUCAAUGCCAAUAACGUUACAGAAAAAAGUUUGUUAUCGCCAGCGUCAGAUCCAUAUAUGGAGAAGAAAAAUUCAGAUAAGGAUUUGUUAAGUUCAAAAUUUCCUAGUUCAUCGAUAUCUGGAUCGUUUGAUUACAGAGAUGUUCAAAACGCUGCUAUUGGAGAUGAUAAAAACAAACUGAACAACUUCAAACGGCAUCAGAAUAAAAGUUAUUCGCCAAAUAACAUCGAGUUAACUGGCGUUACAAAAUUUAAAUGCAGUGUGACAAUCACUCCACCGGAAGACGAAACUAACAACUUGGUGGAGCAAUACACUCGAGUGGAUGAAGAUGGAAAUCUGAAAGUUGUUGAUGAAUUCAAAUGGAAAAAUGUUCACAACGAAAAGUGCACUAAAAUUCAUCCGUCAAAUCAAGAAGAUUUUAUCAGUUUAAAUAACUUGAAAAACCACAAAAAUGAAGCAGAAAACCGAUGCGAAUUAGAAAUAUUUGCAAAUAUUUUGAAGAAAAUGAAGGGACCGCAAUUUUGA